AGCACCCCCACCUGUCCCUCCGCUGACCCACACAUUUUUUGGUAGCUUCACAUCGCGUAUCAGAAACGCGGUCAUCAGCCGUUGAGCAUCUGGCUGCCCCUCGCUUUUUUUUUUGAUUUUUGAAACACGCUGCGAAUUGACUGGAUCUCUUUCUAUUUCGAAACAUAGAAGCUGCACCGCCACAAGGGCACGAUACACCACAUAUAGAGUAUACGCCAGCGCAUGGGUGCCCAGACGACAUGGCGUCCGUGACGUCCCUUGGCUUGCACCAACCUUCUGGCUUGCGACACGCCAUUGAAGAACAAAUAUUACCGGCCAAUCCCCCAGACGCUUCGUAUCGAUGGAUUAUAGAUUCUGCUCGUGAUGGCCAACAGAUUGUCGAAGACGAGCUCCUUGUGACGGAGACUGCUGUCAUAUGGAGUCGCGGACGUAUUGUCUGCAAGACGUUUCGCUUCGAUAAUGAAAAAGAGCAAAUAGUAAAGGCUCUUUUGGCAUAUUUCCCCAAUUCUCACAGUACGGCAAACAGAAACAAAGCUGCAAAGGCAGCAUCUUCCAGCGAUCGAAAGACGGACGAUGAACCACUCGAAAAGGCACUGGUUGUAUUUCUCAAAACACAAGCCCACAUAUACUUCCUCUCUGGCACCAGCCAUAUUGUCCAUAUACCGUUUGAGGUUGAAGCAGCAUGUGCUGGGCCUGUUGGUGUGCUUAUACAACGAAAGCGAGACGCCAAUAAGCCGCCAGCCGCCCUCAAGUUUCCCCGCGUCCCGACAAACUCUUUCAUUUCGUCCCAGGUGACCGACUCUACAAGCUCUCAACAGUCUUUUAUAGUAGAUGGAGUUGAGCCGUCAUCGCAAAAGCCACUGGCGAUUGGGCUCAACUCUAGUCUCGCCCAACUGUUCGAGGACCCAGUUACCCAGACAGCAUCACAAUGGCCUCGACUCGUUUCAUUGAUGGAUCCUUUGCUGGAACUCGGUCUUGUUGUUACAGAUCACAAGCCGCAGACCCCAAGGCCAAAGUAUAGGAGACAACCAAGAAACUCUAACUUUUUAGACCCUGCGGAGCAACUGCUACACGUCGAGCAAAUACCUUUACCAGGCGCGUGCUUCCAAGAAGAGGAACUCAUCAUUGCUGUUACUGUCAAUGCAGAGGCAAACCUCUACUCAAUAUGGAGACUAAAGUACCUAGAGCACGAAGAUCCAUUUGUCCGCAAGCGAAAAAUCCUAAAGGAAAAGGCGUCACGAAGACGAAGUUCCAUCGCCCCUCCAUAUCUUGGAACUCCAGCAACCCCUGCAAAGCCAGGGCUCCGCGAAAGCUUUGGUGCACCACUACCUGGAAAACGGCAGCGAAAUAGUGACAGGGUUGAAAAGCCGGUCGAUUUAGUCUCGUCUUUGGAAAAACAUGAUAAAGAAGGUUCGGCGGUUACUAGACGUAGCUCGCGUCGCCUAAGCUCAAUGCUUGCUCGCGCCGAUCUGUCCGCAUCUCAAGAACGUUCUGCAUUUGCAGAUCAGCCUACUAUACCAACGACCAGAAGACAUGAUUCAUACAGCAACAUUCAUGCGAGAUCUAGCUCCGGGUUCGGCCAUCAGGGACGAGGGAGUCUAAACAGUCUGCUGGAAGCGCCACUGGACGUUGAUCUGCAUGAAGGUUUUCAUAACAUGGGCCUUGACGAUCCGGAUUUUGAUGGCCUUCAAAAGGACCUCUUAUUUUCUCGUAUCUACCAGUUCCCGUUAGAGAAGACACACGUCCACGUCACAGACCCUACUUCAAUCCUUAAGAAUUCGCAGGUCUUUACGCUUUGCUCGCCUUCGUUUGCAACCAAUGAGCAUAGCCGGAAUCAACUACUCAUCGGAGUUCAAGAUGCCGAGGAGCGUCGCCUCAACAUUGUCGACCUCAAUAUUGUCCUACGCCGAAUUCCGGAAGCAGACCAAAAAGCAAAUGGCAGGACUAGCAGUAUUGCCAUUACGUCGGCCGAUCUACGGAAAGCUAAAAAUGUGGUCGACUCCUGUAAGUUGGUCGAUGAUGAUCAUUCAGCCAUUCUCAUCUUGUCUGAAUCCAUGGAUGGGCGCCAUGAACUGAGUACGCAGGCCCCUUGGAGCGAACGAACCACCUUAUGGCCAGAACUAGUUUUUGUCGAUGACACGCGAAGUCUCCAAUAUCAGGGACGCAAAGUCGACCGUGACAUUAAGCAUCGAAAAUCAGAAGUAAUUGACUUGCUCAACGGCAGCAUAGUGGGACUUCGGUAUCCGAGGAGCUUUGGUGUAGUAGACGCUGUCGACGUUGAUGGACGCCUACACCAGCUUAAGAUACAACUUCGGCCACGGAACCCGCAAGUCGGCCGUGUUCUGGCAAUGUGUCGCAAUAUUUUGGAGGAUGCAAACGGAGAACGUAUGCACGGUGGUUGGCUGCAUGUCAUGCAAUGGCUGAAGCUGCAGAAUGAGCCGCUUCCCGAUCCUGAGUGGUCGGCAGUCACCAUUUUGCUCUUCACUCUUAUUCUAAACUUGGGGCGUGGCGAUUCGAAUGCAAUGCAAACAGCCCGACUGCCCAUGAGACGCAGACGAAAUGCCUCUGGCUCGUUUGGCAGCGUUCGCGACAUGGACGACUGGAAGCUGAUGGAGGCUGCUGAAUCUACAAAUUCUCUCGGCUGCCCGCCAUGGAUGACCAACAGGGGAUGGCAGUGGGCACUCCAUGAAGACGCUGAUGUAACAGCAUCUCCGUCUCUUGAUGAUGGCCCCGUUCCUAAAUUUAUAUCGCGGCAUGUGGGAUUAACAAGAGAUUACAUGGUUUCACAGCAAGGCGCCUUUGCCAUUGGCCCUAAUGGUUAUUUGCCUACAUCACUCGCUCGAAACGAUGAGAGCCGACGAAAAACGUCGGAGGAUAUCCUUUUAGCUCUCCAUCUCUUACUGGAAGAGGAAAAGCUAGACAUCAUGUCUCCAGAACAUGCUACGUCUGGGCGGACUGAUCUGCGUGUUGUUCUGUGCCAACUGGCGCGGUGGUUGCGCUGGCAUAAUUUCAUGGCGAUCUACGAGCUCGGCAUUCAGGAAGAUGUCGAUCGUAAAUAUGACUCUGAACUUGUUCUCAACCCUCCAAUUCCAGCCCCGGCUACAUGUCCCAACAUUCUGGAAUGGAUCCAGAAUCGCUUCAUGGGCAUGCGAAGCCAAUACCGAACUCCGAUGGAUAUCUAUUAUGCCGAUAAGCAGUUAUCAGAAGAUGAAAAGAUGCUUGACACUCGCUGGGAUAGCAUUGUGCCUCGGACAAUGAUGUUUAAGCGAUUCUUCAGAAUGCUAAAACCAACGUCUUCCGCAGUUGAAAUGGUUGAGGCCAUGCACCAUUGCGGGCUAACGAAGUACAUUCUGCAAACACUCCCAGAGGGCGUAUUAGUCCCAUUACAAGACGCCAUCACCCUUUGUCAACCUCAUCCACCACACGCGUGGUCCCCUGAGCUGCUAGAGCUGGUCAAGCGAAGUGACAUGAUUAGCGUUUUGUCCCGAAACAAGCCAACACAAACAACCUCAAAUAAUCUCUUAGCACCUUCACAUAAUGCAGCAUGGGAUUUCCGACUAUUAUGCCAAAGUGUAGCAGAGACCAACAAUCUUGGUUAUGAUGAUGGCGAAGGAACCGAGCGCCAAGCCGUUAUCCGUGCCCUCUUCAAAGAAGAUCGUCGUUUGAACGAGGCUCAAGAUUUGCUCUCGACACACAAGUCGCGCGCUGUGUUCUUCAAAUCGCACGAACUGUGGACUGAAAGCGAAUAUCUCGAGAAGCAGAAAGAGCUCGUUGCCAGGAUUGCUACAGGAACCCUCGCCAUCCCAGCCGGCCGAGGACUUCUGUACUUUAGCUUGCGGUUCCCCCUCAUUACCCAAAAGCUUCACAUUGGUGGCUUCAAUCUCAACUGCAUAAUCAAGCCUACCAAUGUAACCGUCGGUGUAGACAAAUCCAUGUUUACAGAAGAAAAGGUCUGCUGGGGCUUCUUUCAUCAAGGUGUUGCUGCUGGUUUGGCCAUUUCUCCUCAGGCCAAGGGCAUAGACACAUCAUGGAUUCUCUACAAUAAGCCUGGGCAAGAGUUGAGCAACCGCCACGCCGGAUUUCUGCUUGCACUCGGCUUAAAUGGACAUUUGAAGGAUGUUGCUAAAUGGGUAGCAUUCAAGUACCUGACACCAAAGCAUACAAUGACUUCAAUCGGUCUCUUGCUCGGCUUGGCUGCAUCAUACAUGGGCACCAUGGACUCGCUCAUCACACGACUGCUCUCCGUCCAUGCCACGCGGAUGCUGCCUCGAGGUGCCGCCGAGCUUAACCUUUCUCCACUGACACAAACAUCUGGCAUCAUGGGCAUUGGCCUGCUCUACUGCAACAGCCAGCACCGGCGCAUGAGUGAGAUUAUGUUGUCCGAGAUUGAGCAUAUUGAGGAUGAAGACGAAGAAGAACCCCUGCGCAGCGAAUGCUAUCGUCUCGCUGCAGGAUUCGCCCUCGGCUUCAUCAACCUAGGCAAAGGCAAUGAUCUCAAGGGCUUGUCAGAUAUGAAGCUAACUGACAAGCUCAUAACGCACGCCACAUCCACCAAGAUUGUCGAAAUUGUUCACGUGCUCGACAGAGCGGCUGCCGGAGCGGUCAUGGCCAUUGCUCUAAUCUUUAUGAAGACAGAGGACCAAAUUGUAGCCCGCAAGAUUGACGUUCCUGAGUCCAUCCUUCAGUUUGACUAUGUCCGCCCAGACAUUCUUCUGUUACGCACUGUUGCCAAGAACAUUAUCCUCUGGUCCAAGAUUGAGCCAACCAUGGCAUGGGUGGAAAGCAGCCUGCCCGCCGCGUACCGAAGCCAAGCGAAACUCUCUAGCAUUCGCAGACUCAAGUCAACCGACCUCCCCUUCUUCAGCAUCCUUGCCGGCAUCUGCUUCUCUAUUGCGCUACGUUUCAGCGGCAGCGCGUCCACCAAGGUCCGCGACCUGCUGCUGCACUACCUCGACCAGUUUAUGCGCAUUGCCUCCAUCGAGCCAACCGAACGAGACCACCCUGACGCAGCGCCGCUCUACGACGAAGAGCUCGCCAGAGCCAACGCGCGCAUGUGCCAGGACGUCCUCGCGCUCUCCACCGGCAUCGUCAUGGCUGGCACCGGCGACAUCGCUGUUCUGCGCCGCCUCCGAGCUCUCCACGGCCGCGAUGACCCAAACGUUCCCUACGGCUCGCAUCUCGCUGCCCAUCUCGCCAUCGGUGCACUCUUCCUCGGAUGCGGCACAGCAACCUUUGGCACCAGCAACAUUGCGAUUGCAUCCCUCCUGCUCUCCUUCUACCCCGUGUUGCCCACCAACGUCAUGGACAACCGCGCUCACCUACAAGCUUUCCGGCACUUCUGGGUACUAGCCGCCGAGCAGCGCUGCCUCGUCGCCAAAGACGUACUCACAGACCAACCCGUCUCCAUCCCUGUGCACAUCAGGCUACGCACACCCAACAAUGUCGAGUCCGUUGCACAUCGCACCACGCCAUGUCUCCUCCCGCCACUAGACCAAAUCCUCAGCCUCUCCACCAAGAGCGGCUCCCGGUACUGGGACGUCAGACUAGACUUUAGCGACGACAAGGUGCGCGAAGCCUUUGCCGAGACGCAGAGCAUAUACCUGCGGCGCCGCCCACCCGUCGAAGGCACAUUUACAUCGACGCUCAGCGCGCUCGGCGACGCAGGCAAGGACCAGAACCCUCUCCAAUGGAUCCUGCACCUCGAUUCCCUAGAGAGCGUCAGCUAUGCCCAAAAGGCGGCGCUGCUCAACAACGCCGAGGACGAGCAGGACAUUGGCGCCGCAGUCGAUGCUAAGAUGGAGAUGGAGCGAGGCAUUCUGGACGGCGGCGACAUGGAGCGUCUCGAAGGCACAAAACUGCUGUUUGAAUGGAGUGCGGUUCGUGACCGUCUUGCACCGCGAAAGAAUCAGCCGGCUUCAACUGCUGCCGAAAGCAUGGCCACUAUGACGGCUAGUAUGCAGUUACAUGCUGAACAUGCGGACGACGAUGAUGGCGAGGCGCAUGGGACAACGUGGUUUAUGCGUGAUAGCGACAUUGAGUCGCUCAAGGGAAAAGUAUGGCUUGCUGCGCGAGAGGCCGAUGAGUGAUGAUUUCCAAAACGAUGAUAGCUAUUACUAGAUGAAUCACGAUUAUGUAUAGUUUCUUUUUUAGCUUUUUUACGCAACAUACAUUCCAUUUCAUUGUUGAUCUCUUCAAGUCGCGCAUCACUUUCACUUUAUUGUCAUGAGACGGCAUGCCCACGCAGGCAGUCACUGGUGUUUAGUUUAAAAAUCAUUUCUCUUUUUUGAUAUUCGUUUCAAAUUCCGCUCCAUAUCUAAAAUACCGUACGGAUGCCUACGGAAAUCUAAAGCGUUACCCAAUCCUCUCAGACCGGGCUCUCUUUUUUCUUUUGAUGAUAAAUGUGCGCCGUAGGUUCUUUUUCUUCAUAAACCCAUAAAAUGAAGUCUUCUUUCUCCUUUUUUGUCCGCCGUCUUUCUGUUCCUUGCUGAAUUACCCAAGCCAGCUAGCCAACAACUCCGAGUGAACGUUUGAAUAUGGCGAAAGGGGAAGGUGAGGUGGUGAGAGAUUGUAGGUAGAGGUUGCGUAGGCUUCGGCCCUGAUGUAGAGACACGACAUG